AGGGGCACGUGUUCGAUGUCAAACAAAUAAAACAAAAAUCCUCGAGCCGACAAUAACCGAAAUCCUUUCAGUUUAUGAUCGCUUGUUGUCGAAACGUUUUGGACUUAUCAUUUCUAUUAUUAGCAGUCUGUUAAAUUUUUAAAAGUUCGUCACCGAAUGAAAUAAUAAAACUGGAUUAAAAUUUGAUUGUAGAAAAUAUUAAAAUUAAAACAUGAUCGGGGUGUCGUUGGUGUUCGGCUCUUGUAUACUAUUCAUUAGCAAUGGAAUAGGCCUAAUAAGAGCUUACGACCAAUGCAAUUCAUCACUUUUUGUUGAUAACGACAGUGGUUUUAUGGGAUGUAAUCGUAUGAACAAAUCGAGUAUUCAACAGUUUGCGUACAAGCCAAAUGUUUCGUUGAAUAACAAUAACAUUUCAGUCCUCAUGCAAGUUAUUAAUGAAAACUUGAUAAGGCAAGAGGCUGAAACUAAUUUACACUCUUUGACAGUGCAAAACUUGAUUUACGCAAUUCCACCUAUGGCACUGGUAAACAGUACAAAUGUAUUAUGUAAAAAACAUAGUCAGAUUUAUUUAGAAGAACUAGAAAAGCUAACAAUGUGGGCUUUAAAAAUGUACGAUUCAUCAGCGAAAGUGCCAUCAGGUAUAUUGAACGGUAACAUCAAUCAAUUUGGCGACUUCGAUCAAUGUUUGAACGCCAACGAUCAAAGUUCAGGAAUACAAGGACAGUAUUGUUUAGCCUAUGUGGAAAUGGAUGCGGCAGGUGAUAACGAGAAAAUAAAAAAUAUAAUAAAGCUAAUGCAUUCGCAUUCAGCAUUUCGCAGCCGUUUAGAAGAUCCUGGUCAUCGAGUUCCUAGAUUUUCUACAAUUAACUGGGCUAUUUGCACUCCUGCCAGUUGCUCACCAUCGGACAUCGAACAGGAAAUACAUACAUUAUUGUCUAAAUACGUCAAUACCAAUGAAAUCAGAUUCCGUCUUAAAGUAGAUCCCAACAUGUGCCAAACUCUGAGGAAAUCAUAUGUUCCAACGACUGGCUCUUUGAUUGCGGUUUUGACUUUUGGCGCUCUAUUUGCAACAAUUGCAUUAUCCACAGUGCUUGAUUUGCUCUCUACAAGAUUACAAGAAUCAAAAAGUAGUCUUUCAAAAUUCAUAUAUUCUUUUUCACUAAAAAGAAAUAUACUUCAAUUUAUCAACUUAAAUGAAUCACCUGACUCAAUAAAAUCAAUUCAUAGCAUUCGAGCCAUAAAUGCUUUCAUGCUAUUAGCGUCACACAAAUCAAUGGCGAUGUUCUUCAACCCUUAUUCUAAUAGAACACAAAUGGCAGAGAAAUUGGGAAAACGUUGGACGGUAUUAGCACGCGCCGCAAGUUUGUAUACGGACCCUUUCAUAUUUAUGAGUGGAAUAUUGACGUGCACUACAUUUUUAAGACAUUUAGAAAGGAAAGGAAAAAUUAACAUACCCAACGAAUAUUUGUCCAGAUAUGUAAGAUUAGUUCCUACGAUGGGAGCAAUUAUAUUAUUUUGUACGAUGAUCCUACCAAAUUUAGGAUCGGGACCGCAAUGGAAUCUCGUGGUUAAACAACAUGCCGAUAUUUGCGAGAAGUAUUGGUGGAGAAAUUUCUUAUUCAUUCAUAACUUAUUUGGAUUCAAGAAUGUGUGUUUGUCGCAUACUCAUCACAUAGGUAUCGAUUCUCAACUUUUUGCUCUGUCUCCUCUGUUGGUUUGGACUUUAUGGAAAUGGCCAAAAAAAAGCCUAGUAGCGAUGAUAGGGCUCGCCGCUUUUUCUACCGGUCUGCGAUACUACGCGACGAUGACAAAAAAACUGAACUUGUUCAUAAACUACAGUAGUUCAGUGUCAACAAUGUACGAUACUGCAGAUUUCUCAUAUGUUUUGCCUACCCAUAGACUUACAGUGUACAUAAUGGGUAUACUCUUGGGAUACUUAUUGAAGUGUGUCGGGCCAAACUAUAAAAUGAAAAGCAUAAACAUAAAAUUAGGAUGGAUCAUAGCCAUUGGAUUUUUUUACCAAGCAUAUAUUGCUCCAUCUAAAAUGGGUGACAUGAACUAUGUAUACAAUGUCAUUGACGCUGCUAACUAUGCUGCAUUUGCUCCCAUUUGCUGGUGUAUUUUCUUCGGUUGGAUCAUAUUCAUAUCGCACACUGGCAAUGGAGGUUUAGUGUCCGAGGUGUUUUCGUGGAAAGGAUUCAUCAUUUUAACACGGUUUUCAUAUACAUUCUACUUGACGCAAUUUCCGGUAUUUUUCUACAAUGUUGGUAGUAAUAGGGCGCCUCUUGAAUACAGUUUUGGUCUAAUGUGUGACAUUCACGAAUUUUUGGUGACAAUUUUCGUGUCCAUUGCAUUGACAGUGGCCGUUGAAAUGCCAUUCAAUAACAUUAAGACUGCUUUCAUAAGGAAAUCGUGAAAUUAUUAUAUGCCUACCACAAACACAAUAUUUCUAUUGGUUGUAUAUUGUUUAAAUAUCCUCAAAAAGAAUUCUAUAUUCUUUGAAAAACGUGAUAGUCCGUAAAAGUAUUAUUUUGUAGAUAAAUAGAAUCUUUUCGAAGCGUAUUGAUAUUUUAUAUUAAUUAGUUAAUUUAUACGGUUUUAAUACUGUUAUUUCUAUAUUGUUAGUAUUUAUUGCAUUUUAUAAAAAUCAUUUCAUCUUUUAGAUUAUAGCAAAUUUUUGUAAGAUUUCCUUAGAAUAGUUUAUUUUUUUUUUUAGUACGACUUGUGAUAUAAGUGUAUUUACUUUUCUAAUAAUUAAAUGUUGUAUGUGGGUACAAACAAAUAAACUAUAAGAACAAUAAUGAGAGAAUGAUUUAUUCUAAUAUUUGUACAAAAAGUGUUGCUUAUUAUUCUAGCUAUUUUUUAUCAUAUUAUAAUUUUUAUUUUGCUAUUUAUUUAUAUUUAAAGUAUUACUGUUCAAAAGGCACAAUGUCAUCGCUAUUGUUUUGAAGUUUAUAUUAAAUUUAUGCCCUAAAACAGUAUUCGUGGUCAGCAUGUGUAUAAUUUUAAAUAAAAUUUCUAAUUUGCCAAGUCUACUCAUUAAGAAAUUAUUUUUCUCUAACUAAUAUUGAUAGGUCAUUCGAUAUAUUAGCAAUUUAUUUUAAUUAUAAUUUUCAUUUAGCUUAAUUAUAAUUAUCCAUUAAUAACUAUAUAAUAGUUUAUUUUUGGCGUAUUCGAUAGUAAAUACAUUAUUCUAACAUAUUUAACACCUGUGUGACUACUAUUAUCUAUGUUAUUGUAAUUAUAAAAUAUAUAUGGUUUUUCGACAUCAGUUAAUUUAUAAAGGACUAAAGCAAAAAACCAUAUAGUAAAACCAGUUUAAGCGUUGUAAAUUAAUAUAUUUUAGUCGUAAACAGUUUUAAAUCAUCCUAAAAUUGAGUACUAAAUAUAACGUGACUUACAAAUCGUUUUAUUAGUGAAUUUUGUUUAUUAUAACUAUUUUAUCUAAUAUUCGACUAAAUUUAGCUCAUUAUUUUUCAUAUAAUUUAUGAGCACAUUUCUACUAUUUUGUUUGUACCUAUCAUACAUUAAUAUUAUUUCCUACAGGACAUAAAAUAUUAUUUUUUAUGAUAAUGAAAUUUUGUAUGACACGAUAUUGUAAAUAUUUUUUUUCUUAUUACAUUACAAGAUAUAUAAGUAUAAAAAAAUAAAUUAGCAGGUAUAUGUAG